UGUAGGCGUGUCCUGCCCUACAAAGUCACUCCAGCCUUAAUUACUGCAACUUCUCCAACUUUAGGAAAAAUUGCGCAGUCCGCUCUGUGCUUAAAGCUUCUGUCCCACCACAGUAAAAACCACACACCUCUUCCACUUAUUCUACCCCGCUUUGCUGUAUCAUGCAUAACAGCCAUGUCACCCAUCUGCUCCUCUCUCUUCUGUGCAUCGGGUUGACUGCCCAGUCCGAGCUGGAGACAGAUGAAGUGGUUCCCAGGCUUCUGUCCGGGCAGGAGGCGCACCUGUCAACCGAGCACACUGUCCACACUCUGCGACGCCGCGGCCAGCGCUCCCUCGAAUUCCCAGGGGGAGGACAGUCUGAUCCGGAUAACAUCAUUCUGACGCUGCCUGCUUUUGGCAGGGACCUGUAUUUAAAUCUAACGCGGGAUAGUACGUUUCUCUCGGGGGACUUCGUGGUGGAGGAGAGGCGCAGGGACCAGAGCACAGUGGUCAGACGCUUGUCCAUGGACCAGCUCUGCUUUUACUCUGGCUCCAUCGUCAACCACACGGACUCUCUGGCAUCAAUGAGCACCUGUGGCGGUCUGACUGGGCUCAUCCAGAUUGGGGAGGACAGCCUGUUCAUCCAGCCGGUGGACGAACACGAAUCAUCACAGUCAUUUUCUGGACUUAAACACCGGCUGUUGCGACACCGUCGCUCUGCCAAGACCAGUUCUGCUCCAGAUGCUGAGCAGCCCAGCUACUGUGGGAAUAUACAAGUGAGGAAGAAGGAGAAGAGGUCAAAAGUAGGUGAGGAGGGUCGUGGGAAGAGAAAUGCCAUUCGCCUGCAUGAAGCAUACACUGUGGAGACGGUGGUGGUGGCAGACUCGGACAUGGUGCAGUACCACAGUGCGGAGGCCGCACAGAGGUUCCUGCUGACUGUCAUGAACAUGGUUUACAACAUGUUCCACCACCAGAGUCUGGGGGUCAGGAUCAACAUUCGAGUCACCAAGCUGGUGUUGCUUCACAACCGCCCAGAAAAGCUAAAUGUGGGCCAUCAUGGAGAAAGGUCUCUGGAGAGCUUCUGCCAUUGGCAGUAUCAAGAGUUUGGGGGGCCGCGGUACCUUGGCACUAAUCACGUUCCUGGUGGAAGGGAUGACAUACCACCAGUGGAUACAGCAGUGCUGGUCACCAGAACAGAUUUCUGCGUUCAUAAAGACGAACCCUGUGAUACUGUGGGUAUUGCUUAUCUGGGAGGUGUCUGCAGUGCCAAGAGGAAGUGUGUGCUAGCAGAGGACAAUGGACUCAAUUUGGCCUUCACCAUUGCUCACGAGCUGGGACACAACAUGGGAAUGAGCCAUGAUGACGACCACGCCACCUGCACUGGUCACUCCCACAUCAUGUCUGGUGAAUGGGUGAAAGGAAGAAACCCCAGCGACCUUUCCUGGUCCUCCUGCAGCCGUGAUGAUCUGGAGAACUUCCUCAGGUCCAAAGCCAGUGCCUGCCUACUGCACACAGACCCCAGGAGCCGUUACCAGGUCCGGCUUCCUCCCAAGCUGCCAGGCAUGCACUACAGUGUGGACGAACAAUGCCAGAUCCUGUUUGGAACCAAUGCCACUUUCUGUAAUGACAUGGAGCACCUGAUGUGUGCUGGCCUGUGGUGUUUAGUAGAGGGAGAUGCAUCCUGCAAGACCAAACUGGAUCCUCCUCUGGAUGGAACAGAGUGUGGAGCAGACAAGUGGUGCAGGGCAGGCGAGUGUGUCAGUAAGACUCCCAUCCCUCAGCAUGUGGACGGAGACUGGAGUCCAUGGAGCCAGUGGAGCAUGUGCAGCAGGACCUGCGGUACUGGAGUCCAGUUCAGACAGAGGAAAUGUGACAACCCUCCGCCUGGUCCUGGUGGACGACACUGCCAGAAGGCCAGUGUGGAGCACAAGGCCUGUGAAGGUCCUCCCUGUCCCAAGGGGGCACCCAGCUUCAGAGACCUGCAGUGUCUGUCCUACGACCGACACGCCAGCAAGAAGAAGGGCAGCAUGCUGACUGCUAUUAUUAAUGAUGAGAAGCCAUGUGUGUUGUUCUGCAGCCCGGUGGGUCGAGAUGUCCCAGCUCUGAUGGCUGACAGAGUGAUGGAUGGGACACCAUGUGGACCGUAUGAGGCGGACCUGUGUGUUAACGGGAGGUGUCAGAAAAUUGGGUGUGACGGCAUCAUCGGCUCUUCAGCUAAAGAGGAUCGUUGUGGUGUUUGUAAUGGAGAUGGACGCUCCUGUAAGAUAGUGAGAGGAGACUUCAACCACACUAAAGGAAUGGUCACCACUAGGCAGUGUAAGAGGGUAUCUACCUGUGUGAUGGCUAAACCCAGAGCUGUCCCCAAGUGUUUCUCAUGCUACAUCGAGGCUGUGGUUAUCCCUGCAGGAGCCAGGAGAAUCAAAGUUGUGGAGGACAAACCUUCACAUAGCUUUCUGGCCUUGAAAGACUCCAGUAAGAGAUCCAUCAACAGUGACUGGAAGAUUGAGCUUCCAGGAGAGUUUGAGUUGGCUGGGACCACAGUGCGAUAUGUUCGAAGGGGACUGUGGGAGAAGAUGUCUGCCAAGGGACCCACUAAGACUCCCUUACAUCUGAUGGUGCUGCUCUUUCAUGAUCAGAGCUAUGGGAUCCACUAUGAGUACACAGUAUCUCUGAACACAUCUCAGGACAAGAGCAGUGAGGAACAGAGGGAACAGGAGUAUCUCUACAUCUGGACACACAGCAGCUGGCAGGACUGUACUGUCCAGUGUGGAGGAGGUGAGCGGAGGACAGUGGUUUCCUGUAUGAGGAUAGCCAAUAAAACCAUGGAGGUGGUCAACGAUAGCUACUGUCACCUUGAGAACCGACCACAGCCCCAAGUACGACUCUGCAACUCUCACCCCUGCCAGUACCGGUGGGUGACAGGUGAGUGGGGAUCCUGCUCUGUCACAUGUGGUAAAGGUCUUCAGCAGAGGGAGGUGGUUUGUGUUUACCACCUACAGAAUGGCUCACUCAUCCACACCAGGGACCUGUACUGCCAAGGAGGAAAACCUCCUGUUCUGCAGGGCUGUGAGGGCCGUCUCUGCCUCACUGUGUGGGAGGCUUCAGAGUGGUCCAAGUGUUCAUCAGACUGUGGUCAAGGUGUUCGCAGACGGACGGUAUCGUGUACAAACCCUCAGGGUCUAUGUGAUCCUCUGUCCCAGCCUACUCAAGAGGAGCCCUGUGAAGACCACUCCAGAUGUUAUGAAUGGAAGACUGGAGACUGGUCCAAGUGUUCGUCAUCCUGUGGGAAAGGCCUGCAGUCCCGAGUGGUCCAGUGUAUGCACAAAGUGACUGGUCGUCAUGGUAACGACUGCCUAGUGACACUGAGACCCCCGACUUACCGACCCUGUCACCAUGGUGCUUGCAACGAGAAAAUCAAUGUGAACACCAUCACCUCCCCCAGGCUAGCUGCUCUGACUUACAAAUGCAUGGGGGACCAGUGGACGGUGUACUGUCGUGUGAUCCGAGAGAAGAACCUCUGUCAGGACAUGAGGUGGUACCAGCGCUGCUGUGAAACCUGUAGGGACUUUUAUGCCAAGAAAAUACUGCACAAGAGCUAAUGACCAAAUACACGUACUUUCCUCCGAAUAGCGCUCCAUUUUGUAAAUUUUUUUAAUAUUGUUAAAUAAAAAAACAAUUUCUAUUAUUGAUGGAACCUUUUGUAUUUAAAAAAGAAAAUGGCAAGUACACAUAAGUGUACAUUUGAAAUGGGCUCAUAAGCUUCUACUUUUGAUGAAGACUUGAAAAUGUCCAAUAUUUCUUUUGCUGUACACCAAAAUGAAAAAAAUGGGGGAGCCUUUGGAAAGCCAGGUGGCUUUAUUGCACAGAAUGAUUGAAAAUAAGUGCUUGAUUUUGAAGUAGACUUUUUCUGGCAGGUCUGUCAGAUAAAAUGGGAGUUAGCCAGAGCGUACCAUUCUCCUAUCUUCUUUAAUUAUGCUCUCCAUUGUAUCUUUUUCCCUGUUGUACUGUAUUAUAGCUAAUUGUUGCAAUUUCAAAUAACUAGUAUAUAGGUUUACGUAUAAGUAAACUUAUGAUACUUAAGUAUUAAUUAAGUAUACUGUAAUAAUUUGUACGUAUUGAUAGGAGCCAUGGAAAAGUACUGUAGGAUUACAGUGAAUCAACCCAGCUAAUGAUAGGAGACCCACUGAUCCACUGGUCUGUUUGAGGGCCGUGGAUAGCCCAUGUAGCAGAACAUGGUGUAAGCUAAACUUACACUCCAAGGGUACAUGGUAGUGUUUUGUUUUCUUUCAGAUGCAGUCUAGUUGAUGGAUUUAAAAAAAAAUCUUGCCAACAAUAUUACUCUGUUUAUUCUAAGAUUUAUUUAAAUUCACCACUUAGAUGAACUGUGCACCUCAGUGCAAAAUCUUGUUUUGCAGUUGUAAUUGUUAGGCCUGUAUGUAAGUGGGGAUCAGUAUGAGCAGUGAUAACUGACACCUUUCAUUGGCUGUUUCAGUCCUCGUCAUCAUGACCAUGGGCAUGGCUUAGCUUGCUGAAAUUGUGCUGUGCCGCCCCAGGCCAUGAAAAAGUGCUUCGCCACUGCUGCCUCACAGCAGGGCUGUUGUGAUCCUGCUUGGUAGUAGGACCAAUCUUGCCUGUUAGACAAUCUGACUUCAUUUGAAGCACAGCAAGGCCUUUAGAGAUGAGCUCCUAACUCAUAGCUAGUGCACACAAACCAAAAUUAAGUAAAUGACAAAAUUAUAUAAUAAAUCAAAACUAAGCCUUUUAAUUUCUGGACUUUUUACACAAUGAGAUUAUUUUGACCACUUUACAUUUGUAAUCAUAUCUGACAAAGACCCCAUUUACACUUGUCAUUUCAAGUGUCUCUUAUCCAGAUCAAAUCCAGAUGCUAUUUUAAACACCUUUGUGUUACUAAGGCACAGGUCUCUUGGCCAGAUCGCCAAUCUGAUUAUAAUCAGUCUUGGUUUUCCAGGCUACAUGCAAAUCAGGGUCAACUCUACUCUAGUGUACUCAAGGUGGUAAUGCACCUGAAGCUGUUUGGUAACUGAAAAAAACACCAGAAGAAUAACUUCUGCACUUUAGCAGUUUACUUACAAUAAUAACAGUUAAGCUAGCUAACAACUAUCCAUAAAGUAAUACAAACAUAUGGAUAACUUGUGCUUAUGAACUUUGAAUGAGAGAUAUUUUAUCAUUUUCCCUUACCUAUACAGAUCGCUGAUCUCUCACACUUAUGGAUAACUGCUCACUGGCUGCUUUUGUUAGCGGUGAUAUACAUUUUCCCUACAAUAUACGUGAAGCAUUACAGUUUUGGUACUUAAAACAUGGGAUACUCUAUAGGCAAAUAAUAUUCUUUCCGGAAAUUCAGUGUGAUACUUAUCAAAACAUUGAUUAUUAUCGAAUUUAAUGUCAAAUUCCCAUUUUGGCAUGCACUGUGUAUAGAUGUUUUCUUAUGCCUGUACAAAUGAGAGAGAGCCGAAUCUAAUCAACAGAGUGAUCCUAAUAAUAAAUCAGUGUAAUAACUAGUACAGUGGCAAGAAAAAGUAACUGAACCCUUUGGAAUUACCUGCAGUUAUGUAUAAAUCCGUCUUUAAAUAUGUUCAGAUCAUCUAAGUUACAAUUAUGAACAAACACAGACUGAUUUGAAAAAAUAGAAAAAGUAUGUGAACCCCAAAGCUAAUGACAUCAACAUAAGCUAAAUGGAGUAAGGAGUUAGCAAACCUAGAGUCCAGUUAAUGACACCAGAUAGGAGGUGUGGCUUAGAGCUACUUUGACUUAUAAAAACACGCAAAUAUUUUCAGUUUGCAAUUCUCAAGAAGCAUCUGCUGAUGUCAACCAUGCUUUGCAAAAAGAGACCUCUGAAUAUUUAUGAUCAAGAACUAGUGAUUUGCAAAAAACUGGAAAGGGUAACAAAGUAAUCCCAGAUAUUCAUCAGUCCACAGUUAGACAAACUGUCUAUAAAUGGAAGCAAUCUACUACUGUGGCUACUCUCGUAGUGAGCACCAAGCUAAGAUAACUCCAAAAGCACAAUGUGGAAGACUCAUUGAGGUAAAAACAAACCCUAGAGUAAAAGCUGAACUCUUAAAGGAAUCAUUGGACCUGGUUAACAUCUCUGUUCAUGAGUCUGCUAUACGCAAAUCAUCCUGCAUGGUUACAUGAAGCAUGGUGUCCAUGGCAGGAAACCAUAAACAUUACUGGUCACGUGAAGUUUUCCAAAAAGCAGUUUGACACCACAACACUACUGGGAAAAUGUUUUGUGCACUGAUGAAACUAAGUUAAAUUGUUUGGGAAGAACAUGCAGCACUAUGUAUGGUUUAAAAGGGGCACUGCAUACCACCAUGAAAACAUCCUCACAAUGGGGAAGUAUAGUAGAGGAAAAUGACCCAAAAUACAGAAUGGUAAUUCGACACCCUACAAAUAUAUCUGUGCUGAAGCAGUUCUGUAAGAAGAAAGGUCCAAAAUUCCUCCUGAACUUUAUGCAGGUCUGAUCUGUAAUGCUUGUUUGAGGUUAUUGCUGCCAAAGGAGAUUUGAUCAGUUAUUGAUUCCAAGGGUUUGCUUACUUUCCAAGGGUUUGCUUACUUUUGCACCAGCAUUAAAUUGGUUAAUAGGUGUGGUUAAUAAAGACAAAAAAAAAAUUGUAAUUGUUCGUAGUCUUUUAAGCUUAAGCACAUUGUGUUUGUCUGUAAUUGUGUUUAAGAUGAAGA